AUGGCUCUAAAUAUACCAGGCUUAGUAUCUUUGAGUGUGUUUUUUAUGUUAACUUUAGCUAUUGGAAUUUGGGCUUCUUGGAAAAGCAAAAAAGAGCAGCAGAACAGAAACCCAACUGAAAUGGCCAUAGUUGGAGGCAGGAAUAUAACCGUUUUUAUUGGAUUGUUUACUGCAACAGCCACGUGGGUUGGAGGAGCAUAUAUCAACGGCACAGCUGAAAUUGUCUAUCUGCCUUCAAAAGGACUAUUGUGGGUCCAAGCACCUGUGGGAUUUGCCUUGUCCCUUGUUAUUGGUGGUUUCUUCUUUGUAAAUCCAAUGAGAUCCAAGAAUUAUGUGACAGUGAUGGAUCCCCUUCAAGAAACUUAUGGGAAUGUGAUGGGAAGCUUACUCUUCAUUCCACCACUGCUAGGAGAGGUGUUCUGGUUUGCAGCUAUCCUGGCAUCCCUGGGAGCAACAAUGAGGGUUAUCUUGGAUAUUGGAGGCUCUUUGGCUAUCAUCAUCUCAGCAUGUACUGUCAUACUCUACACUCUACUGGGAGGCCUCUACUCUGUUGCGUACACAGAUGUCAUCCAGCUGGUUUUCAUUACUCUCAGCCUGUGGGUCUGUAUCCCCUUUGCCCUGGUGAACUCUGCAACGGAAAGUAUUUAUUACACUGCAACUCAUCAAUCUUAUCAAGACCCUUGGAUGGGGAAGAUAGAACAACAGUAUCUUGGAAGGUGGCUGGAUGACUUCUUCUACCUGGUGCUUGGGAGCAUCCCGUGGCAAACUUACUUCCAAAGAGUGCUCUCUGCUGCUUCGCCAGGACAGGCAAGGCUCAUCUCCUACCUCUCUGCACUUGGGUGCUUUUUAAUGGCCAUUCCCUCUGUGCUUAUUGGUGCAGUUGCAGCAUCAACAGACUGGAACCAGACAAGCUAUGGUCUUCCAAGCCCACUCGAGAGAGGGGAAUCAGCAAUGAUACUGCCACUUGUUUUACACUACCUCUGCCCAGCAUACAUCUCCGUCGCUGGUUUGGGAGCUAUCGCUGCUGCCUCAAUGUCUUCCGCAGAUUCAGCUCUUCUCUCUGCCAGCUCCAUGUUCGCUCACAACAUCUACAGGAAAAUCCUGAGGAAAAAGGCUACGGAGACAGAGGUCCUCUGGGCCAUGAGGACCUCCACACUGGUGUUUGGGGCUGGGGCUGCCAGUUUGGCUUUUUACUCCAGCUCUGUCUAUGACCUCUGGUUCCUCAGCGGCGAGCUGGUGUAUGCCCUGCUCUUCCCCCAGCUCUGCUGUGCCCUCUUCGCUCCCAGCACCAACACCUAUGGCUCAGCUGCUGGCUUCUUGGUUGGGCUCCUCCUGAGACUGCUGACAUUCACCGUGCUUCUCACCUUGGGGACCAUCAUUGCCGUUUCGUACCUGGCUGCUGUUUUGUUUCAGAGAAACCUCCUUCCCCGCAGGUGGGACGUCUGUAAUAUUAUGGGGACAACCAGCACCCUCAUCCCCCUGCAGCAGAUGGAGAAACAGAUCGGUUCGCCAACGGUUGCACCUGAAGAGAACUGUGAUUAA